AGACCUCACUCCCACCACUGACAAGAGCACCUCUGCCCUUUCCUGUCAGUGGUCAUCGAACAGCCAUCCCAUCUCACUGAUCCAGCAGCCGCAGCCGCAGCAGGACGGCAAACGUCUCUUGUUGCUUACCGGCUCAAGUUGUAAAAUGCUGCUCCGACCCACUGGCUCUCUCUCUCUCUCUCUCUCUCUCUCUCUGUUCUGUGCCACCUCAGAGAAAAGAUUUUUGAGAAACGUUAAAGAGAUAAAAACUCGUCAAGCACACGUCAAGUAUGCCGACGGCAGCCGAGAUCCGAGGCUCUCCUCCUUGUUUGCCAAAGGCUCACAAGCCCACACCUGGAGCAGCAAGAACCAUGGGACCAAGACACGGCCGUCACCAGCUCUCAAUGCCAUGCCGGCUGCCAUUUCAGAACCGCCUAAGGGGGUGUGUUAG